UAGAUAAAUCUUAUGGUGCUUGCACACCUAAUUAAAAGUAACACUUGUUAAAAAAUAAUAAAUGUAGUCUUUGUGGCAGUAUUGCAGAUUCUUGGCAGGUUCACCUUUAAUUCAGUGCCUUUAUUUUAUGAGUAGCGUUUUUUGUGUUUUUUUUCACUUUAGACUUUGUGAGGGACUAAAAACAUUUGGUCCCAUGCAGCAAAUUCAGGCAUAUCCCAGAAUCUUUGCUCCUUUUUUUGUCAAAAACUUAAAAAACUAACCGCAUAAAAAAUGGAUGAUCUCUUUAAAGUUUGCUUUUCUCCUGAAGGAAGCAAUAAGAAGACAGUGGAACUUUCCAUUGUUGCUUUUUGGAGGGAUUUUUUACUGGAUGUGGAAGAAAAGGAGACAUCAGCCACAAUGGAAGGGAUACUCAUAUUUGCUACAGGUGCUGACUGUAUCCCUCCAUGUGGCUUCUUCCCGGAACCUUCCAUUGAAUUUCUGCAUCAUUAUGGUGCUGCACAUCCAGGGUUGCUUCCAGUGUCAAACACAUGCAGAAACUGUCUUAAGCUGCCCAUUUACCCAACGUAUAAGGAGUUAAAAACAAUAAUGGACUUUGCAUUUUGCAAUACUCAGGGAUUUGGAAAAGAAUAGUUAUUUUUUUAAACCAGUUCUCAAUUCUGCUACUGUUGUGACUUGUUGUAUAAUACAGUAUAUUUAACAUGUGUUAGUGAAAGACCAAUGUUUGAUUCUAAGUUGACUGGUCUUAUACAUACUCUUCUGUAUUGCAAUAUUUUUACAAGUAAAUAAAAAAGAAACAAGACAGGAAUAUAUAUUUUGCUAAAUUUAGGCAUGUUUGCUUUUGACUAUUGAUCUUAAACUUUAUUUUGAGAGAAUCAAAACAAGAUUCAAUAUUUUUCACAUGCAAGUUCUAAGAUUGUUUUCUGAAC